GCGGAGGCGCUUCCGGAGGCGGGAGGUCGCGGCGUGGAGCGGCGCUGCCCGGAGCGGUGCGGGCCGUGCGGGAGCGGCGGAGCGGCGGGGCCAGUGCGCGGCGCGCUGCGGGGGGAGGCACCGGCCGGCUCCGCCAUGUCCUACUGCAGGCAGGAAGGAAAAGACAGAAUUAUAUUUGCGACCAAGGAGGACCAUGAGACACCGAGCAGUGCUGAGCUGGUUGCAGAUGACCCAGAUGACCCUUACGAAGAACAAGGAUUGAUAUUGCCCAGUGGAGAUAUCAAUUGGAAUUGCCCGUGUCUGGGUGGAAUGGCUAGUGGUCCCUGUGGGGAACAGUUCAAGUCAGCCUUUUCUUGUUUCCACUAUAGCACAGAAGAAAUAAAGGGAUCAGACUGUGUGGACCAAUUCCGUGCCAUGCAGGAAUGCAUGCAAAAAUACCCGGAUCUUUACCCUCAAGAGGAUGAAAAUGAAGAGAAGUCCAGCAAAGAUUUGGAAGCUGCUUCUGUGGAGGCCUCUGCUGCCAAAGAGGAGAAGGGAUCUAGCUAAUGAAGAUGCAAGGAGGCUCUUGUCUCCAUUUCUCAUGUUCAGAGACAUGGACUUUUGCAGUGUGUCUGUCUCCUGAGUAGUGAGGAAAUGUUUCACCACGUUCUGUGCACUAUAUCAUAGUAAAUAAUUUAUUGGCGAAGGAGGAAUCUCAGAGCUACAGCCUUGCAAAUAAAUACUGCAGAAGGAAUGAGUGUGUGUAUGUACUGUGUAACCUGCUAUCAGACACAGUUAAUACUUUAACAGCUGUUUUUUACCCUCAAGUUUUCCUUGAGUUUUGACUUGAAUAAUGUCUUGAAAUACAUAGCUUUCAGCUAAAUUUUCACUGGUACACCAGGUCUGUCUUCAUUUCAGUAUGUUCUGAUCAAUAGCUGCUCUUUUUGAAUGUAUUCUGUUCCAUCAAUAGAAACUGCAUUAAAUGAUUGUUUUUCCUUAAAGAGCUGUUAGUUUUUUGUUGGGUUUUUUUUUUCCAGAGUGAUACAGGACAUUGAAAAUGGCAUAAAUCCAGAAUUUCUCAAAUAAUUUCAAAUGGUCCUAACUAGAUUAUGGUUGCAUUUUAGUACUGGCAUCAGAUCAGGACUGCCAGAAAAAUGUUGAAAUGCACAUCUUUGAUUUGAUUUACUUAUUGUGAUGGUUUUUGCUUUUUUAAAAAUAGUGUGUUGUGCAACUGAUGAUAAAGAUGAAUGGAAAGAAUGUUGGUCACUAGCUUUAUUUUUGCUCUGAAACCACAAGGUUUGGGUUUCUUCAGUACCUGCUCCUUCAAUGUAUAGGUGGGCACUUGUAAAAUACUUUGAGAAUACAAUAAAUUGUUACCUGGUGUAAUGAUCUCAGAAUAGAUACUGUGACUUAAAUGCAUAUUAAAAAGCAAAUACUUUUUACCUUCA